CAGCUGCAAAGAGUGUCAGAACCCCAGGGCUGCGGCGGAGAGAGAUCGCCUUCGGGAAGUUUUUGCUCCGAGCUCCUGCCGGCGGAACCCACACGGCGGAUAAAUCGGAAAUCUCUGCCUAGGGAUUUAGGACGCUCAGAAGAAAUCCUUAACCUCACACACCCAGGAUGCUGCUGACGACGCUGGUGGUGCUGCUGGCCUUCCGCCUCUUCUACCGUUUCUGGUCAGGUCGAUGCUCCUCCAAGAGGUCGCUGGCGGGGAAGACGGUCGUUGUCACCGGCGGCUCUGCAGGCAUCGGCAAAGAGUCUGCCAAGGACUUCCUGCGGCGAAGGGCGAAGGUCAUUCUGGCUUGCAGGAACCUGGAGAAGGCUAGGAAGGUGGCGGAGGAGCUUGUGGCGGAGACCGGCAACCCGAAGGUGGCGGUGCGGCGUCUCGACACGGCAGAUCUGGCAUCCGUCCGCGCCUUCGCUGAGGAGUUUCUGAGAACCGAGGAUCCUCUGCACGUCCUGGUGAACAACGCAGGAAUCGCGGGAAGCAGGACGCGGCAGGAGACGAAGGACGGACUCGAGCUGACGAUGGCCACCAACCACUUCGGGCAUUUCCUCCUGACAAAUCUCCUUCUCAAGCGCCUUCAGCAGAGCGACUGCGAGCUGGGUGCUCAGACGACCAUCCACCUCGCCGUCUCCGAGGAGCUGGACCGCGUCUCGGGGAAAUACUUCGAGGAUUGCAAGGAGGCCACGCCCACCAGGAUAGCCCGUGAUCGCGCAGUCGCCAAGUCCGUGUGGGAGGUGAGCGAGGCCAUGGUCAACCUGCGCCCUUCUGAAGUCAACUACUGAAGUCAAGAGGAAGAGCCGUAGGACUGUCUGCUCCCUCUCUCUCUCUCUCUCUCUCUCUCUCUCUCUCUCUCUCUCUCUCUCUCUCUCUCUCUCUCUCUCUCUCUCUCUCUCUCUCUCUCUCUCUCUCUCCCUCUCUCUCUCUCAGACGAGAGACGUCUGAACUCCUACUCCAGGUCCCUCCAUGGAGUGUAGUUUUGAAGUCAUACUCGUCGUCCGUUGAAGCAGGAGGGAAGCAAAAAGAAUAUAUAUAUAUAUAUAUAUAUAUAUAUAUAUAUAUAUAUAUAUAUAUAUAUAUAUAUAUAUAUGAAGCGAGAGAGCAAACUGAUGGACGGCGGGGAAGUGUAUACAUGAAAAUGAUGGUGAAAAGAAGUGGAAAAUCGACUACUUCCGAAUACGGGAAAUAAACAAAGGAAAGAGAGAGAGUGGGGGGAGGUAGGGAGAGAGAGAGAGAGAGAGAAAGAGAGAGAAAGAGAGAGAG